AUGAAUACUACCAACAACAACCAAACCAUCAACGCCAACAUCAACAUGGAAUGUGAUGUUGAGAUGACUGAACAGUACCAACAGACCAGUUCUGUCUUUGUCCCUGGUGCUGGGGCAUCAACCCAUGCUUCUCCUGAGGCUAGGGCCGAGUGGGCUGUCUCUUUGCUUAUGCAAAAGGCAGAUGAGUCUGACAGACUCUACGCUCAAGCUCUUGCAGCUACUGAUGAUUCGGUGGAGGCUUUAGAGCACGUGAAUGGGCUUUUCAUUAAAGCUCAAAGGGAUCAGCAAGCCGUCGAUGACGGCCGGGCUAUGUACGAACGCAAGUUCCCUCAUAACCCAAAGUUCUUUUCGUUCGAACGCCGCAGGGCUGAGGAAGAGAGAGCUAAGGCCCAGGUUUUAAACCGAAGCCUCGUUGUUCCCCGUAACCUUCCCCAAUUGAAGCUUCUUAAUAGCUACACUAGGUGA